UGCUGUGGUAGGUGGAGAAACCCAGGCCUGGGAGUAGCGCGGCCACACCCGAGGUCCGACCAGCAGCUGCCUUCACUUUCGUUUCCCACCGUUCCUGGAUCCUUGGUCAACCGCGGUUUCGUUUCCGAGGCGUGGCCGAGGGUGCGGCCCGGGACACUCAUGGCCCUAGUGAGCCGUCCUCGAGCCCCACUGUGGCUCGGGCGACUGUCGCGGCGACUGUGCGCGCAACUCCGGGCCUGCGCUGGGACCAUGGCUCGGCCGCGCCGCUUCACCGUGGAGCUGCCCGACUGCUCCCUGACUCACUUCAUCCUGGGGGACCCGGCGGACCACCCGGACGCACGCCUGACGGCGCUGCUCGGGCCCCCGGGGCGCAGCUACGCGCUGUGUGUGCCCCUGGUUCCGGGCAGAGGCUGCGGACCCCGGGUGCAGGCGGCCCGGAUGCACCAGCGCCUGCUGCUGCAGCUGCGCCAGGGCCCUCUGCAACGGUGCCAGCUGAGCAAGCUACUGGGCUACGGUCCGAGCGACAAGGCCGGUGCAAUCCAGCAUGGCUUCCUGCUGCGCGAUCCUAGCGACCACCCGGACACCCGGCGCGCCUUGCUGCAGCUUAUGGGCUCGUGCCAGGAGGCGGUGCAACCGCAGUUGGCCGAGUUCCAGGCCGACUCUCAGGGUUUGUUGUGGCAGCGUCUGUGGGAGCUGAGAGGAGACGGGGAGGUGCAGGUGGACUGCGCAUGCGUCCUGCAGGCACCGGAGCCUCACCUGCACCCGUUGCUACCAGAUCUGCUCAACUCUGUGGUGUUCCAAGACCGGGAUGCUGCAAGGGCGGUAUUGGAGGAGUGCACAUCCUUUAUUCCCGAAGCCCGGGCAGUGCUUGCCCUGGUUGACGAAUGCCCAAAGGAGAUCCAGAAAGGCAAGUUCCAGGUCAUUGCCAUUGAAGGACUGGAUGCCACUGGAAAAACUACAGUGACACAGUCAGUGUCAGAGUCUCUCAAUGCUGUUCUCCUACAAUCGCCACCACCCUGCAUCAGCCAGUGGAGGAAAAUCUUUGAUGAUGAACCUACUAUCAUUCGAAGAGCAUUUUACUCUUUGGGCAAUUAUCUCGUGGCUUCUGAAAUAGCUAAAGAAUCAGCCAAGUCUCCUGUUAUUGUAGACAGAUACUGGCAUAGCACAGCUGCCUAUGCCAUAGCCACUGAGGUGAGCGGAGGCCUGUCCUUCCUACCCCCUGCCCACCAUCCUGUGUACCAGUGGCCAGGAGACCUGCUGAAGCCUGACCUGGUCCUGUUGCUCACUGUGAAUCCUGAGGAGAGAGCGAGGAGACUGCAGGGCCGGGGCCUGGAGAAGACUAAGGAAGAGGCAGAACUUGAGGCCAAUAAUGUGUUUCGUCAGAAGGUAGAAAUGACGUACCAGCGGAUGGAGAACCCACGCUGCCACCUGGUCGAUGCCAGUGCCUCAAGAGAGAGAGUCCUGCAGACAGUUUUACAGCUGAUCCAGAGAGCUGGUCAUUAACUGUAGUUCCUCUGCCCAGGUUCCAUGUUACACCAGAAGAGAAACUGUGUGAUGCCCCUAAACCCAGCACUUGCCAGGUGGCUUCUUAUAUUCAGGUGGCAUGAGCGUAUUUAGGAGGGAAAACUGGAGACUGAACAUGUUUGCUUUACUUCUGACUGAUUGAGCCAGCCACAGCUGCCGAUUCAUUUCUGCCUGGUCAUGUAUCAUCUCUUUGGGAUCUAUUUUAACACCAGGAGCUUCUGAUCCAGUGGUGAGCUGCUGGAGGUCUUCUUGUACCUGGAAUCUGAGGAUGUCAGCUGUGGUCCACACUGGUCAAUUGUGAUGAGCUAGGCUCAUUUUCUUUUACCCCAAAUCCUAUAGCUAAGCAUUGUCACAGGUCCUGGCUGUCCAAGGACAUUUCCUUGGAGCCAUUUAUGGCUGGGAACACUUGCAAUGAAGCAGCUGAUCUUCUUUCCGAGGCACAAGGAACACCAUGGACAGUGCCUGGAGUGAGCGCCGCAGAACUGAAUGGAUGUUGUGCCCCUAAACUGGAAGCACUCCAACCCCCUCUUGUUCUCCUUUGCUCGUCUGUAUUCCAUUUCUCGCCUCUGAAAUCUGGUUCUGAGUGUAAUGAGCAGUCUGCACUGAGCAGGAAGUGUUUCAUUUACCCAACGCACCAAUUUGUUUAUAUUGCUGUUUACAUCAUGCAUUUCCUCAGUGUAGGAGCUGUGAGUCACUAACCAAAACUGAGGCCAAGGAGCUAAAUGCAGCAUUUGCUGUGUGUUUUCAUUACACAAUUUAAUUUAUCUUAAUAAGCACCGUGGAUUCCAGAACGAGAUUUCAUAAUAAAUCAUCUUGCACUUUGAAUGUCUCCUGAUUGCAUGUGGAGUCAGCUUUGAGGGCUCUUUGGAUAGAGAGUAGAGUUGUGGAAGAAAAGGCUGGUGGCUCUGUAGACUUGGCUGAGUCAUUAAACAUUCGUAAUGUCAACAGUUUGAUCUGAAAGGGGGCCAUUGGUGGGCUUUGUAGUAUAACUCUCUAACAAUAUUUACUUGGCAGUUUGAGAAAAGAAAAUUGAAAGUUCAGGGCCUUCCUAGGCUAUGGUAUAAAUUUGGAGCUAGCCUGGGAAGUAUAGUGAGACUCUGUCUCAAGAUGAAAACUAGAAAGAAGACUGAGGUAAAACUCCAUAGUAAAACACUGUACUGAAUAUUCUAUUCCUGGGUUCCAUUCCCAGUAGCAUAAAAAUAAAAAUGUAAACAGAAAACCAAACACAAUUAAGCAAUAUAGGAGUUAAGUACUCUAUGGUCAUAAGGAGGUGGCCGGGCCAGAUUAUUAUUGUUUAACAUUCUAGUUCCAAUGUGGAUGGCUUCUCUACAUAAUUUUGAUCCCAUGUCUCAUUUCUUAAGAAUGCAUCUCCAUGUAAAUACAUUAAAUUACACUAAAGCCUUACCAGAUUUUCCCUAACCUUAAAUUAUAAUAAGAUAUAAUAUUAAUGUCCAAAUAUUUUUUUUUUACUUUUGGAACUAUGUAUAACUUAUAAAUAAAUGUGUCUA